AUGGCUGGUGAACAGGAUAUUGAAUACGUUUUAUCUGGAAUUACGCAGAUCUUAUCAUCUUCUGCUAAAGAGAUUCUGCCCUGCAAGAGAAAUCGCCCCAUUCUACGUCCCUAUUGGAAUGAUCUCAAAAAUGCGCGUACAAAGUCAAGGGAAUGUCGAAGGAAAUGGAUAGCAGAAGGGCGACCGAGAAAUUCUGAUAACGCAUCAUUUCGAGAAUAUAAGUCAGCAAAAUGUGAAUUUCGAAAACUUUUACGUAGAAAAUGUUUUGAACACGAAAGAAAUGAAUUCUCGAACAUGGAUGAAUUUUAUGAUAAAGAUCGUUCACGCUUCCAGAAAGAAAUUUCAGCUAAACAGAAAUCAUAUUCAGCGGUAUGUAAUGAAUUAAAAAUUGACGGCAAAUUAAUUACUGAGAAAGAGGAACUUCUAUCCGUGUGGAAAGAUCAUUAUGAACAACUAUAUACGCCUAAAGUGUCCCCUGUAUAUGACGAACAAUUUAAAGUAUUUGUGGAACAACAGCUGAAAGAGUUUGUGGAUCUUAGUACUAAUGUUACCAAUGACGUAUUAGAAACACCGUUUACAACAGAGGAAGUAAGCAACCUUUGUUUGAAGUUGCCAAAUAACAAAGUUGGUGGAAUGGAUGAACUUGUAUACAAACACGUCAAGUAUGCUGGGAAGCAGUUCUUUGUUGUCCUGACUGACGUUUUCAAUGCAAUUAGAGCAUUGGAAGGUAUUCCUAAAUCUGUCGAAAUUGGUGUUAUCUAUUCCCUAUUUAAAGGUAAAAAGAAGAAUAAACUAGACAAAGAUAAUUACAGAGGUAUCACCCUUCUUAAUGUUAUUGGCAAAAUAUUAGAACGACUUAUCCUUGAUCGAAUGAUGCCAAUAUUAAUUAAAAAUGGAGUUCCAGAUAAGAUGCAAUUUGCAUAUCAAAAAGGAAAAAGCUGUGUUCAGGCCAGUUUUGUAUUGCAAGAAGCGAUUCACCAUGCAGUUGAGAGAGAAAGCAAAGUUUAUGCAUGUUUUUUGGAUAUUUCGAAAGCUUUCGAUUGUGUUUGGAUGGAUGGUCUCUUUUUUAAGCUGUUCAAUCUUGGAAUACAGGGCAAGUCAUGGAGAUUAUUAAAGAAAUGGUAUUCAAAUCUGUCUUGUCGUGUGGCUCAUAAUGAUUUGCUCUCAGAACCAUUUCUCAUUCGCCAAGGUAUUCAGCAAGGUGGAGUUAUAUUCCCAUGGUUGUGCUUAUGCUUUAACAAUGAUAUAAAUGCAGAGUUAAGUACGAUGAACGUUGGAAUUAAUAUUGACUCAUUAAUUUCUGUGAAAAAUGUUGUAAUAGCUGACGUUGUGGCAUUGUUAUCCUUAAGUGUCAAUGGUCUACAAAAAAUGAUAUGA